AUAAACAUAUGAUACAAAAGGAUAAUAAAGCUAAGGGGAGAAAAAAAAAGAAAAGAAAGAGAGAUAAAUAAAUGUCUCUACAAAGAGUUCCCAAUUGCUCCCCAUUCCCCUGCUCUAAUACUACUACUACUAUUCCUUACCCCAAGAUUCAAACCCUAACGGCUAGUUUUUUCCCUCUUUCUUUAGCCCUAACCCUAGCUUUGAACUCUCCUUUACCUUCUCAUGCAAUCCCUUCUCCCACUUUUAUGAGUGAUUCCUCUCUACAAAAUCCCACAACCCCAUACUCCCAGUCCAAGAACCUGCUGCAACUGGGAUUGGAAAAUGGGAAAAUCAGGCCUUGUCCAUCAAUUAAUCCCGGGUGCGUUUCGACGAAUCCGAAAUCAUCGUCGUUCGCUUCGCCGCUGUUGAUUCCCGAAAAAUCUGCAGAUAAUGCCAUUCAGAAACUGAGGGAUGCUGUACUGAAGACACAGAGGAAUGUGAAGAUCAAUGUUGAUGAAGAAACCCCAACUGGCCAUUACCUGCAGGCGGAAGUCGACGGGGGGUUCGGGCGCGACGUGCUCGAGUUCCUGGUGAAAAGGGAUCAUGUUGUGGCCUACAGGUCCAUGGCCACAAAGGUCACAUAUGUUUACCCAUUCACAACAGCUUUAGGUGACUCCAAAGGCCAAAAGGAGAGGGUCAGGAGGAUUGCUGAAGAGCUGGGGUGGUUUGCUCCUCCAGAUUUUGAAACAAUGGCUUCAUAAUAAUGUUCUUGUGUUUGUGGCUGUAUUCAUGAAAUUUCAUGAGAUUAUUGUUUAUUUAAGCGAGUUCGGGAAAAGUACGCUUCCAUUUCGGAUGCUAAAAGCGGUUAUAUUGAACUGUACAGCUACCGUUUAGUUCUGGAAUAAGCUAUUCUUUCUUAUUCCUGACACAGCCAGUAGAUUCCAUAAACUUCAGAAUC